UAGGAGAAGAAACAUUGUGAAAUAAAAAAGUAGAAGCGAAAAAAGUAACACUAACGAGGUAGUAAAAAAGGGGAAUUUCUCCCGAAAGAAGUACACAGACAAAAGAAAAGAAAAAACGAAAAAUAGAAAAGAAAACAGAGAGAAAUUAGAUGAAAAUUCAGGGCUACCAAUCAUUUGAAAACAAGCAAGUAGAAAGAGAAUAGCUACUUAAAUUUACUGCUUCAGAUCAUCAAAUUGAUUAGCAAGUUCACCUCGAUAUAAGGCAACUUUUUUUUUCGUUACGUUAUAUUGAAGCACAAAAAAAAAUAUUUUUAUUGAUGCAAAAUUAUUGAUGGUUACUCAAGGGUGCACAAAAACUUAUUUUCUAUUACCUAGUAGUAGGUAUAUAAACCUUAUAAACCAUGCCUCUUCGAGGCAAUUUUCGUUGACUUGUUUAAAACAUUUAUUCGGAACAUUGAACCAAAAACAAAUGUUUUACUUUUAUUUUAGAAUAUCUAAAAAAAAUUACGUUAUAUCGAGGUAUGACCGUACGUUGACACAAGUUACGUUGUCGUAAUUUUACGUUAUCCUUGCGGUCGCAUCUCAUACAUAACCUCCUAAUGUUUUUUAAUACUUUUUCAUACUUUUUCAACAACAUUUUAACACAAUUUAAAAACUUUUUUACAUGUUAUUUACAACAUUGUUAAAACUCAUUGUAUAUUUUUCGGAUAUUUGUUGUCAUCUUUGAUAUAGUUUUCAACCUUUCUAAUAUAUGACAUUUUUGAUACUUCAAAAUCAGGCGCCACAUUUUAGGUGUGAAAUUUUUGUCAUUUUGUCAAUUUUUGAUAUUAUUUCAACAAUUUUGCCAUUUCAAUCUAUGACAUUUUUGACACUUCAAAAUCAAAAGGCCACUUUUUAGGCGUGAAGUUUUCGUGAUUUUGUUUUACAUAUUGUUUUACGUUAUUUGACAGGUUUCAACACUGUUUUAGCGUGUUUUCAUGCAUCUGACAAUAGCUCUUUUAAGACAACGUUCAAUAGAAUUAAGUGAAUAAACAACGACAAGCGUUACCAUGGCAGGUACGGAAUAUAAACAUGGCUAACACGAUAACUAGACACGACAUUAAGCGUAAACCUAAAUCGAACCACGAAAACUACCAAAACUGUUCCACGUUCCGAGAAAAAACUCUGCGAUCAAUUCGUCUCAAUCGGUUGUGGGCGGGUGGCCGAAAAUCGGCUUCUAUUUUUACAUUAUUUUACCGCCUUUUCCCUCAUUCGCUUUCACGAAAAAGCAAGAAAAAAAAACGCACACCGAAAGAAAUCAACCGAACCGAACGCCGUCGAUCGUUCGUUAUCUGAUCGUUCUUCUUUUCUCCGUGUCACGAUGCUCACUGCUGAGUGCGAGAGUAACGCUCGGAACGAAGCACGUGUUCAUCCUCUUAAAUAGAACUUCAGCUUAUCUCUCCGGCUUCUAGCAAUAAUCAACCCGCGGCUGUGCGUGACUCUGAGUGUAGUGUGAUAGUGCGAUAGAAACUAGUGCAAACAAAUGCCAUCCCGAACGAAACGUUGGAAGUGGAUUUCGCUCGUUCUGUGCAUUUUCGGCUUCCUGAAGGAGUUUCGUCCGAGUGAGCCGUUCGUGUUUCAGUUUCUUACCGGCCCGUGGCACAAUGUUACCGUCGAACAAGUCGUCCAGGAUGUGUUUCCCAUCGGCACGUACUCGUACGUGGCGCAGUUGGUUGUGGUGUUUCUGAUAACGGAUUACUUUCGCUACAAGCCGUUGAUUAUCGUUGGUGGAUUGGCCGGGACGGUCGUAUGGUCGCUGUUCGUAUGGACCAGUUCGCUGAGGGCCCUGCAAGUGCUAGAGGUGUUCUACGGGACGUACAUGGCGGCCGACAUUGCCUAUUGGACGUACAUUUAUGCCAAGGUGGAUCGGAAGUACUACCAGAAGGUCACCUCGCACAUUCGAUCGGCAACGCAGGCCGGACGGUUUCUGGCGGCGACAACAUCCCAGACUGUUAUUUACUAUGGUUUGAUGGAUUAUCUAGGGUUGCAUUAUCUCUCGCUGGCAGCCCAAAUCGCUACUACCGUAUGGGCCUUUUUGUUACCUGCGGUGCCAAAAAGUAUGUACUUCCACCGGGAAGAGUUGCCCCCCGAUGAGGAGUUUGGAGCGUUGCAGAAUGGCGGGAAGACAACCAUCAGUUCUACAUGCAACCGGGCGAGGACUCUGCUGUGGUCCCACUCUAAAUCGGCAUACACUAGCUUCACUGUUCUUCGAUACAGUCUGUGGUAUUCUUUAGCGGUUUGUUUUUACUAUCAAAUCACCGCUUACGUGCAGGCCUUGUGGACCACCAUCGGUGGUCCGGACACGGUCCUGUGGAACGGCGCAGUGGAAGCGAUUCUUACCCUGGCGGGAUCUUUAGUAGCGCUGCUCGCGGGAUUUGUUCCACCGACUUGGCUGACGGUGAAACCAACUUUGUUCGGGCUAGCGGUGAUUGCCGCGCUGGAAGGUGCCGGUCUGCUAGUGGCAACUGUAACCUCCAGUCUGCUGGUGUCCUACAUCGGCUACACCAUAUUCGGGAUUCUGCAUUCUUUCGCGAUCACGUUGGUGAGUUCGGAGAUUGCGAAGCACAUCUGUGACGACAGUUUUGCGUUGAUUUUCGGCAUCAACACGCUGGUUGGACUGGUCUCGCAAACUCUGGUGACAAUCGCUGUGGUGGACAGCGAUGGCUGGCUCGCGCUAGACGUCCGCGGUCAGUUCACGGUGUACGGAUUUGCAUUCGUGGCGAUCGGGUUGCUGUACGUGGGAUUCUUGCUUGUGGAGCUUUUCGGCAGCAGACGACGCGAACUGCCGAGUUAAGGAUUGAGUCUAGAAAUAAAAUCUUUAAAUUUUGAAA